AUGGCAGAGAAGGAAGGAGCAAUUGUCAAGAAGGGUCAUGAGGAAGGUUUGAAAAUGGCGCUUUCCCUUCUUGAAGAAUACGAACUUCCAGCAGGGCUUCUCCCUCUAGCUGAAGUAAUCGAAGUUGGAUUCGUUAAAACCACCGGCUACAUGUGGAUCCUGCAGCAGAAAAAAGUUGAGCAUAACUUCAAGAUGAUAAGUAAACUGGUUAGUUAUGGUACCGAAAUAACUGGAUACGUUGAGAAGAAGCGGAUCAAGAAACUCAAGGGAGUUAAGGCUAAGGAGCUGAUGCUAUGGCCUCCAGUCGGUGACAUCACAGUGGAUCCUCCUACUGGCAAGAUUCACUUCAAGAGUCUUGCUGGAAUCACGAAAACUUUCCCAGUUGAGGCUUUUGCCGCUGGACAGUAA